AUGGUCCAGCAGCUCGUCCGGCUGCUCGUGGGGGAGGGCGCCCGGCAGGCCGCCAUCACCGUCCUUACGCCGUAUUUGGGCCAAUCCCGCGUCCUGCGCAGCGUCCUGCGGCUCUCCGCCUUCCCCGACGUCCGGGUGAGCACCGUGGAUCUCUUCCAGGGCGACGAGAACGAUAUUAUCCUCCUGUCCAUGACGCGAACGGAGCGGCUAACAGAGUUUAUUCGGAUGCGGAAUCGCCUCGUCGUGUCCUGCUCGCGCGCGCGGUUUGCGAUGGUGAUCAUCGGCAACGACGCGCUACUGCGGCAGUGCGAGCACUGGGCCCAGGUCCUGGACGCCCUGGAGGCGACGAAGUGCGUGGGAAGUCGGCUGCCCGUCCGCUAUCAGUCGAGGCCGGACCAGAUCGAGUGGCUGGAGGCCGCGGGGACGGUGUCCUCCGAGAAUCUCACAAAGGAGAUCGAGGCAAGCCUGGCUUCGGUGGCUCCGUCGGAGCGCGGAAGGAGCGGCCCGUGA